CAACCGCGAGGACCUACCUGAACCUGUCCGAACCGCUAGGACGGAGCUAGGCGAAGAUGGCUGCCUGACAGUGUCGAGGACCGAGAAUCCUCGUGCGCGCAUCGAUCGCGCGCGAUGUCUAGGCGGUCGUCCUUGAAAGGAGUGUCCGCAGAGUGUUCGAGUGGACGUUGACAUACGAGUCCUGAGAUUGAUAUCGAAGUGUUUCGGUGGUGUUCGGUGAACGUCCCGUCGUCCUCUUGGCACGAACGUCGCUCUUCCGUUCAGUUAUCGCUCUCCUUCCCUCUCUCUUUCGUGACAGAGGAUAUUUUCACAUUUGUUGAUGAAUGAUAAAUUUUCUAUUCGGUUUUUGUUAUUGAAAAUACAAUGCUCCGUGACAAGAAUGUCCGAGUGAUAGACGAAAAAACGAAGUGAUCGAGGCCAAUGUUCGUGUAGUUUUUUACAUGCAUAUCAGUAGGAAGAGAGACGACCCUGACUGAAAAUUUCUAGGUUAUUCGGCAACACGGGCAAUAUAUAACAAGUACGUUGUCGGUUUUACUUAACUUUUAGACUGCCGGAAUAGCCACUUUUGUAGCUUUCCCGGCAGUCUAAAGAUUAAUUGUCGGAACACCGAGCGACAUUUCUCGAAGAUACGUUUCGGGAAUUAGGAGAUUCCUCGAGACCUUUACAAAUCGUAAGGACCAAAUCCGUGAGUUAUUCGGGACUCGCAGAAACAUGGGCAGAUAUUUCUCUUCGUUUUAAAUACUUCAGAAAGGGAGCUUAUCGACGUCCUUCAUGUAUUAGUCACAAGAUAAAUGGAUUCUGGCUGAUUAUUUCUAAAUCAAAUAUCACAUUUCUAAAUUACUUGACAGGGCAAUUAGUUAAUCGUUGUUGGCCUUAAUUAAUUACCGAAUAUCAGACGAUAAUAGUUAAGAAUUAUAACUUAUUUCGAUGAAACAAUUGCUUGCCCGCGUGGUGAGGACCAUUAAGCAUUUACGCUUUUCUUUCGCUUUAAAAGGAGAGAGAACUGAAGUCAGCAUCGAUACGUUCUUUACAUGUUAGGAAUAUAGAUAAUUCUAAUCGACAUAUUUUUAAUUACUCGAUAAUUUAUCUAACGGUUUGCAAUACAAAAUUUCUAAAUCAUAUAUCAACUUUCUAAAUUAUUUGAUGACAGGGCGAUGAGAAGAUUGCUGUUGAUCUUAACACAAGAAAUAACGACCUAUUCCUAUCAGAGUGGUCAAAAUGAGAGGGAAAAUAUGCUUUUCCUUCGCUCUAAGAAGAGAGGGCAUUGAAGCCCGUGCCGGCAGACGUAACGGAGAAUCCUGGCUCAGAGGUCCGUUACCUUCCGAGGAGAGCAGAGGUAAGCGAACGAGCGAGCAGAAGAAGCGGCGAUCCUGUUGGUUUCCACGAUACCUCACGGUAGUUACGAAAGCGCGGCCGGCCAACGACCAACGUGCUCGCGCGACUCGUGCGCGGAGAAGCGGAGAAUUACGAAAGCCAUCACUGCCCAUCUCGUAGUCUCGCUAAUAAAUCGCAAACGUGAACAACACUCCGUGAUAUCGGAUGUGUUGUAUACCUGGAAUUAACACGGAACGCGAGUGUUUGAUUUUGAGCGGAAUCAUCAGUUGUGAAUGGUGUGCGUGAAUCGUGCCAUAGAGAGUGCUCGUGUCUCUCGAGAGGACGAUCCAGGGCGAAUACCGCGGCUCUCCUGCGGCGCGCGAGACACGCGGUGAAUCGCGUACGUCGACGAAAUUCCGUAUGCGGCAACGAGGGGGCGGAAGAGGAGGAGCAGGAGGAGGAUAACGAGGUCGUCGCAGCAGGAAGCGAACGGUGCGCGUCAGAUCUUCGCGAGAGAGAUAGCGCGGGGGAUCCGUGCGCGUAGGAGUAUCCUUGACGUCGUGAGACGCUCGUCCAGGUGAGAAAGUGCGAGGAAGGUGUGCUCUCUCUCUCUCUCUCAUCGAAGAAUCGACGAAGCGAGAGAAGCAUGUGGUAGCGGUGAGCGCGCUACGCGUUACGCUCCACGUCGAGGAGGCAGCCGGAGGAUUCUCGGGAAACGGCACCUGCCGACAUCCGCUACGAGGGAUCACCGUCGUGGGGAAGACGCGAAGGAGAACGCGUCGGUCGAAAGGAGCGAGUGCUAUCAUCACUUCCGGAUGAGUAUCGUCGCCGGCGGCUUCCUCGUGGCCGCGCCUCCCGCUAAGAAACGAGAGGUGGAACGCGCGACGAUGGCGGCCACGGCCGGCAGGUAUGCCGUCACGGAGAUGCGCCACUCGAGGAGCGAGGACCUGCUGGGCGCGAUACCCGGCUCCAGGUCGCCCAGCCCGAGCGUCGGCCUGCCGGCCACGGCGUCCGAGGACGAUCUGAUUGCGAGCAGUGCUCUUCGGGAUGUGGACGGCUGCGGCUGCGGCGACACCGACGGUAGCGGCGGUAACGGCGGCGGCGGCGGCGGCGGCGGCGGUGGCGACUAUGCCACCACCGGAAGGCCGUCGCGGCCGCCGAUUAUCCUGUCGACGCCGAGGGCGGCGAGGGUGCUCGCCGAUCGCAUCGAUCCGGAGGAUUCCAUCCGUGACAUCGUCACCGAGAACGAUCUCUACAGGUUCGUCCUCUUCAAGCGGCACUACGACAAGUACAUGGCCCUCUCGGCGAAGUACGAGGAAGCGAAGGAUAUCGCUUACUACCUGGAAGAACGCUAUCACGAAGUCAAGGCCGAGAGGGACCAGCUGGAGGAAGCUCGCAAGGUCUUGGACAAGCGACUCGAGAGCUGCGAGUCGGAACUGCGCACCAAAGAGGACGAACUGUUCCUGCAGUUGGAGAGGAACCUGCGACUGGAGGAAGAGGUCGAGCGGACCAAGCUCGAGAGGGACAGCUGCCUAGCGGCGCGAGAACGUCUGGAUCAGGAGCAGCAGACGGCCCUGCGUCGUUUGCAUCUGCAGCUGGAUCAGAAUGAAAUCACAAGGCGGAAUCUUGAGAGAGCGCGCCUCGACGUUGUUCGGCAGGCCAACAUGAUCCGCGAAGAGAAGGACGCUCUGGAGAAAGAAAAUAAAUCGCUCAGGGAGAAACUCAGAGUGGAACAAAAUGAGCGAGGAGCCGAGGUACGUCGUCGCGAAGAAGGCGUCGCCGCGCUGACUAGGGAGACUGUCACAUUAAGGCAUGCGGCACGUCACCUCCGCGCCGUCACGCUCCACGCGACGUCCUGUCGGAGUCGCCGUCGAUGCUCCAUCUGUCUCUACGCCAGGCGCACCUUCGCCGAAGUGGACGACUGUCGUGACGAUGGGAAUAUCUUCAAGUGCCUUCAAGCGCCCUUACAAGAUCUUCGCAGUUGGUUUCGACCCUGUACGACAUCGGCCGGCUCGUCACAAGGUCUGCGAGCAAACUCAGUCGUAACAGAUCAAGGAAUCGGCUACGUCGACGAUUCCAGCGUUGACAGCAGCGGCAGUGGCAGCAGUAGCAGCAGCAGCAGUAGCAGCAGCAGCAGUAAUAGCAGCAGUAGCAGCAACAGCAGUAGCACCAACAGCGUUUCUGACGAUGAAGCGUGUCCGAGCACUCCGGUGGCCGAACAUUCCGUUUCGCUGACCACUUCCACUGCACCGCCUACGGCUAGAGCCUUCUCUUCGGAUUCAGGCUUUUCCUCGGAAAUCGGAGACCGCAGAUCGCAAUAUUUCGAGAACGUCAGCAGCAGCACGAGUAGCGGCAGUGAUAAGAGCAGGAAGAUUAGCGACUCAUUAGAUUGCAACGAAACCGAUAAUCGUGAGAUCGCGACGGCGGGAGGUAGCGGAUUCAACCGAGGCUCCAAGUGGACUUCUUCCUUCCGCAGACUGCUCGGCCGAAAGUCGAAGGGCAAGUCCGAUUGUCCCUUACGAACGACUAAGACUGAUAAGCCGCGAUAAACGGCACGAUAUUUUGUAAGUACUCGUUGUGAACGCGUAUUCCCGUCCUUUCUCUCUUCGUUCGCGACGGGCGCCGCGAAGAAGAUUCAAUCCUUCGCGAACUGAUCGAGUCUAACCGCAACUGGAGGAUCGCCGGAAAUCAUGGAAACUGCCGAGGGUUUGUGUAAUAACUCUUCCGAAAAAAUAUGUACAUAAUCGGAGAAACGAGGAUUUAGGGAUUUAGGGAUCCUGGAAUUUCUGAGAGAGUGACACAUAUCUUGGGACUCUUUUUUUUUAGAGAGUGUUGGCUGCAAAGCACAGCGAAGUAGAUUCCGAGAGUUAACGCGCGAAUAUCUUAAGAAAUAUUAGAGAGAACAGGUAACUUCUCCCUUCUUCUUUCGCUCGUAACAUAAUACGUAACGAUCUUUUGUACUUACUACGACGGUAAGUAGCGGUAAAUGACGUAGAAGUUGCAUUCUCCGCUCCAGAGUCCAGAAACCCUAAGUUUAAGUCCCGACACCCGUUCUCCGCGGUGUAGGAAUUGAAUUUCGCACGAGCUAGAGAUUAUCAUGAUAGUAUAAAACGAGAAGGAGCUAGAUUAUUAUAGGCACGCUCGUGAUCGAACUUUCCAGAUAUUUAAUAGCGAAUUAUAUUAGACAAAUUUUAAAAGCUCCAAGUUUAGGAAAAGAAAUUACGUAAUGAAGAAUGCAGUUCGAGUCACGUGAUAUAAAUAGUUAUUGUUUGUAUCUCCAGAGUUUUUGCGUCGUUACUUUUUAUUAUUAUUAUAUCACGACAAGGUUGUUGUUCUAUUAGCCAAAGAGUGAAAACAUUGAGACAUUAAUGAGCGAAGAUUGAUCAGUUGUCGUCAAAAAUUGGAAGUUACGAAACGGAAAGGAUUUCUCUCACUUCGUUGACGUUUCGUCGAUCGACAGAGUCAAUUUCUUAAUGCGAUUUUAAGUAAGCGUGUGGUGAUAGCGCGAUUGGACCAAAUUAUUCACACGGCACAAAUCUGUCGCGACGACGUACAAUGUAGAGAAUAUGGAUAUUAUAAAUGGAAAGAAAAUAUAUCAUGUAUAUGAGAGACAAAA